CCUCUCUACCACUUGGGGGCAGCCGCGCACAAUGACGGUGCUCAAACGACUCGGACGAAGAAGACUUCCAAUAGCAAACAAGAUGGCGGUGCCCGAAAACGACGACCAAGCGAGCAAACUGGAGUUCUCUCUAGACGUCCCCUUCCCAUCAGCACGUCAGGCCGCCGUGGCUCUUGGCUCGCUGAGUCCCGACCGCGAGCCCCGGCGAGGUGGCGUUCACAAACGGCUGACGCUCACGGGAAGCGUACUAAACGUGAAAUGGCGCGCCGACGAAGCUCGGGUCCUGCGCGUGUCCGUCAAUUCCUUCCUGGACCACCUGAGCCUCGUCUUGGAGACCAUGCACGCCUUUUCUGCCGACGUCUGCGAGGAUCCUCACGUGGUUCUUGGUCAUCAACCUCCAAGUGCCACCUGAGAGCCCGCCUUGGUUCAAAACUCAGGCGAGCCAAUGCUCCGUUUGAAGUAAAGAAAAAACAAAGAAUGCCUUUCAUGGACUAUCACUUCAUUGGGACGUGGCGGAAGCUUGACUUACAAAGUUUUAGAGUUUUGUUUUUGUGCUGUAAAUGGAAUUCUAUGGGAUUAUGAGAACUUGAAAUCAAUCUUCCCUGAAGAUGAACUUUCACUGGUUGGAAAGGUUUCGGUCACUAUGAAUUUGAUCAGGAUAUGAAAAAUACUCCAUUUGUUUUGUUAUGCGAAUUGUCGUUUUCUGCAUUGGGGUGAGGCCUGUUUUAUUUCUUGUUUGGAUAUUUUCAUAGUUGUCCUAUGCUGCAGCAUUAUCAUGUGUGAGUACAUUUUGGCAGUCAAUUUUCAUUGGAUCAAAUAAAAUAUAUAUUUUUAAA